AUGCCUCGAAUGAAGGCCGCCACCGUCUCGGACCAGACUGUACGAAAGCGAAAACGGAAAACCCGAGAUGAUGAGGAAAUACAACCGGCGGCGCCAGCUGUAGAAGGCGAAGGGUUGAAUGAGGUUCACAAGAUUGUUGGACCAGACGGCUCGCUCAUCGACCCCAACCAGCCAGAUCCCGUCGAAACGACGACCACUACCAGCGUAGCCACGAAGACACAUGAUGGAGGAAAGAAACCAAGACGCGCGCCAAAGAAGAGCGGUGCUGGCAAACCAUCUCUUGCGCGCAACAACUCGUCCACAUUCGUCGAAACGUCGAUACCAUGGCCGGAGCACUUCACGAAGCUUGCUCAGGUACACCGCGCCGUGAAUCUUGUGUACACGUUUCUGUGCACGCGCAAACACCUCGCGACGACACUCGAAAACCUCAGAAGCACAGUCGAGGCCAACAUACAACGAGAGCUAGUCAUUGAGGAUGUGGCGCAGAUUACGGCAUUGGUUCCGAAGGCCAUCAACUUUGCCUAUGUUGAUGAGGCGAUGCUCCUAAUCAAUGUCAUGGGCGCAGAAGACAAUUUACAUGGGAGAAGCACGACCGACUUUGCGAUACUUGGGCCGGAACCGGACAAGGGCGAGCAUAAGGAGGUGCUGCUGUUUGAAUUCAUCGAUGGCGACUUGAAGCGCGAGGUGCAACACAAGAAGACUGGGGAACCUACAAAGGCCACGACAAAGCUGCGGCACGAGGAGCUCAAGAUGCCGGUGUACAGUCAAAAACAGAUGAUGAAUUUGAUUGAGAAGAGGAAUCUCAAGUUCACAUCGGCAGUCAACGCAUUUCUGAACCAAUGCGCCGAGGAGGGCGUUGAUUCGGUAGAGAAGAUCAAGGAAGCGUCAAAGGCCUUCGUUCCUGUGCCAACAGAGAGCCGACACUCCACGCCUGGUCCGGACCAAUCGUCAAUACCAGCCUCCAUACCAGCAGAACGGAAGGCUAUCCCCGAUAUCUUGAAUGAAAUCAAGGCACUCGAGUGGUACACCGGUCAAAUUGUGCCAGAUGGCCACCGCGUCUUCGACCCCCAAGAACCUGUUUACGGCGACUUGAACUUUGCCAUGUCGCAGAAUCUCGUCAACGCGCUAUAUAAUACGAGGAACAUCACCCAGCUUUAUGCUCAUCAAGCUGAGGCUAUCAAUAAUCUUUACGAUGGGCACAACGUUAUUGUGUCGACUUCGACUAGCUCUGGUAAGUCGUUAAUCUACCAAAUACCUGUUCUGCAUCAAUUAGAACAAGAACCAAAUACCAGAGCUAUGUACAUCUUCCCAACGAAGGCUCUUGCGCAGGAUCAGAGAAAGAGCAUGAAGGAACUUUUGCGCUUUAUGCCGGGUUUUGAGGAAGUUCUAGUCGAGACGUUUGAUGGGGAUACGCCUAUGAGCGAACGCAACUACAUUCGGGACGAAGCACGCAUCAUAUUUACGAACCCUGAUAUGCUGCACAUCACAAUAUUGCCGCAAGAGGACGCCUGGCGGACGUACCUUCAGAACCUACGAUUCGUAGUAGUAGAUGAACUGCACGUUUACAACGGACUGUUCGGAGCACAUAUGGCGUUCAUCAUGCGCCGUCUUCGAAGGGUAUGCGCGGCGGUUGGAAACCGCCACGUCAAGUUUAUCUCCUGCUCAGCUACAGUCGCGAAUCCUGAAGAGCAUAUGAGGACCAUCUUCGGUGUUGAUGAAGUCAAAUUGACAGACUUCGACGGUUCCCCUUCUGGACGCAAAGAGUUCUUGUGCUGGAACACGCCAUUCAAGGAUCCUGGUGACCCUACGUCUGGACGCGGUGAUUGCAUGGCUGAAACAGCAAAGCUAUUCUGUCAAUUGAUGUUGAGGGGCAUAAGAGCUAUCGCAUUCUGUCGUAUACGGAAGCAGUGUGAAGCGCUGCUUGCUGCUGUCAAGACUGAACUAACCAACUUGGAGAGGCCAGAGGUAAUCGCUCGGGUUAUGUCGUAUCGAGGCGGAUACACGCCGCAAGAUAGGCGAGAGAUCGAGCGAGAGAUGUUCGACGGCAAGCUCUGCGGUAUCGUAGCUACCAGCGCGCUGGAACUUGGUGUCGAUAUCGGCUCCCUGGAUGCUGUUGUCACAGUCGGCUUUCCCUACACUAUCGCUAACCUCCGUCAACAAAGUGGUCGUGCUGGUAGGAGAAAUAGAGAUUCGCUAUCUGUUCUGGUCGGGGACUGCUUCCCUACUGACCAGUACUACAUGUCGAACCCAGACGAGAUCUUCACUAAGCCCAAUUGCGCACUUCAAGUCGACCUAACGAACAUGCUUGUCUUGGAGGGUCACAUACAGUGCGCUGCAUAUGAGAUGCCGAUCAAUGUCGAAGUCGAUACCGCUUACUUUGGUCCCCUCCUUCCUAAAAUUGCGAAAGAGCGUAUGCGGUGCGACAAAGAAGGUUUCUACCACGUCAACUCCCGUUUCCUCCCCCAGCCAUCGCGUACAGUUGCAAUCCGCGAUACCGAAGAGGACCACUUCGCCAUCAUCGACAUCACACAUGGCAAGAACACGGUGCUCGAAGAAUUAGAAGCCAGCCGCGCCUUCUUUACCCUCUACGACGGUGGCAUAUUCCUCCACCAAGGAAACACCUACCUCGUUAAAGAGUUCUCCCAAGAGCGCAUGUUAGCAAAAGUCGAACAUGUAAAAGUAGACUGGACAACCCAACAACGCGAUUACUUAGACAUCGACCCUGUAGAAACAGAGGCCAUACGCCGAAUCCCCGGUUCAAGGUCAAAAGCUUUCUACGGCCCCAUCAAGAUCCGACAAAUCGUCUACGGCUUCUUCAAAAUCGACAAGAAACGCCGCAUUCUAGAUGCCGUUCAGGUCGACAACCCACCUAUCAUCCUGUUUAGCAAGGGCAUGUGGCUCGACGUACCGAAAUGCGCAAUGGAUAUCUUGAAGUCUCGACGCCUGAAUAUCGCAGCUGGGAUUCACGCCGCCGAACACGCCGUAUUGCAACUCAUGCCCAAUUUCGUCAUCAGCAUGCCAGGAGACGUCCGCACAGAAUGUAAAGUCCCUGAAAAAGAAUUUCUGCAGAAGGAAUCAACAAGGAAGCGACCUGCUAGAUUGACCUUUUACGAUGCAAAAGGUGGUGCGAGUGGUUCUGGCAUCAGCACCAAAGCUUUCGAGUUCAUCGAUACGUUACUCAACCAAGCAUGUCAGCGACUCACGUCUUGUCAUUGUCUCGAAGGGUGCAAUGAGUGCUGUAAUGACGAUGCGUGUAAACAGCACAACCAGGUCAUGUCCAAAGCAGGCGCCAUGGUUAUCAUCAUGUGUUUGCUGGGCAAGGAGAAGCAGAUUGACGUUGAGGCACUGCCAUGGGGCGAGGAGGACGUGGAACAGGGUUUCGAUACGGUGGUUGAGGCGGUUGGGGUGAGAAUGGCAGAGGGGAAAACAAGGGAUGGGGGAAAAUUGCCUGGAGAAGGAGACGAGGAUGAAGAGAAGAUGGUGAGAGCGAAACUUGUGGAUGGUGUGUGGAUCAAGGAAGAGGAAGAGGAGGAGGAUCAUUUUAGUCGGAGUAUUCAUAUGUAUCGGGGUGAGAGGACGUUUAUUGGGGUGCACAGAUAG